AUGGAGCCAGUCAACUGGACAGAGGUGUCUGAGUUCUUCCUGAAAGGGUUUUCUGGCUAUCCAGUCCUGGAGCGCCUGCUUUUCCCUCUGUGUUUUGCCAUGUACCUAGUGACACUGCUGGGGAACUCGGCCAUUGUGACAGUGAGUGUGCUGGACCCACACCUACACACGCCCAUGUACUUCUUUCUGGGAAACUUGUCUAUCCUGGACAUCUGCUACACAUCUGCCUUUGUGCCUCUGAUGCUGGUCCACCUUCUAUCCCCCCACAAGACCAUCUCUUUUGCUGGCUGUGCCAUUCAGAUGUGCCUGAGCCUGUCCACAGGCUCCACAGAGUGUCUGCUGCUCGCUAUUAUGGCCUUUGACCGCUACCUGGCCAUUUGCCGGCCCCUCAGGUACCCAGUGCUCAUGAACCACCAGUUGUGUGUUGUGUUGGCAGGAGCUGCUUGGGUCCUCUGUCUUAUCAAAUCAGUGUCAGAAACAGUCAUUGCCAUGAGACUUCCUUUCUGUGGUCACCGUGUCAUCAGCCACUUCACCUGUGAGAUCCUGGCCGUGCUCAAGUUGGCCUGCGGUGACACCUUGGUCAGUGAGGCCUUCCUGCUGGCAGGCUCCAUUCUCUUGCUGCCUGUGCCCCUGACCUUCAUCUGUCUGUCCUACACGCUUAUCUUGAUCACCAUUCUGCGGGUGCCCUCGGCUGCCGGCCGCCGCAAGGCCUUCUCCACCUGCUCAGCACACCUGGCAGUGGUGAUGCUCUUUUAUGGCACUGUCAUCUUCAUGUACAUGAAGCCCAAGAACAAGGAAGCCCAUGUUUCUGAUGAGGUCUUCACCGUCCUCUAUGCUGUGGUCACUCCCAUGCUGAACCCUGUCAUCUAUAGCCUGAGGAACAAGGAGGUGAAGGAGGCAGCCAAGAAGGUGUGGAACCGGAAAUGGAGCUUCAAGUAA